CGCCUAGCCCAGCAUGGCGGCCCGCAAGCUCGCCACCGAGAUCGAGCGCACGCUCAAGAAGGUCGCCGAGGGCGUCGCCGGCUUCGAGGAGCUGUACGACAAAAUGCAGGCGUCGACGAACCAGACGCAGAAGGAGAAGAUGGAGGCGGAGCUCAAGACGCAGAUCAAGAAGCUGCAGCGCCUGCGCGACCAGAUCAAGACGUGGCUGCAGAGCAACGACAUCAAGGACAAGAAGCCGCUCAUGGACAACCGCAAGCUCAUCGAGACGCAAAUGGAGCGCUUCAAGGCGUGUGAAAAGGAGAUGAAGACCAAGGCCUUCAGCAAGGAGGGCCUCAUCGCCGCCGCCAAGAUGGAUCCGGCGGAGCGCGCCAAGGCGGACCUGAGCAACUGGCUCUCGGCGUCCGUCGACGAGCUCUCGCACCAGGUCGAGGGCGCCGAGGCCGAGCUCGAGACGCUGGCCGGCGGCGGCAAGAAGAAGAAGGGCAACUCGGGCGCCAACGAGCGGAUAGGCGAGCUGGAGCGCCUCAACGAGCGGCGCGAGUGGCACGUGCAGAAGCUCGAGGUGCUGCUGCGCCUGCUGGAGAACGGGCAGCUCGAGACGGACGCAGUGGCGGGCAUCAAGGAUGACAUUGCCUACUUUGUCGAGUCCAACGCGGACGAGGACUUUGAGGAAGAUGAGGGCAUCUACGACGACUUCAACCUCGAGGAGGAGGAGGAGGCGCUGGGGCUGCGGGACAACGACGACGUGCAGAGCAGUCACGACGGCGCGUCUGUCGCAGAAGAGCCAACACCGCCGCCGCCGCCGACGCCCAAGGUCGAGAAGGCGGCGCCGAAGAAGAAGGAGCCGGAAGAGGCGGCCAAGAAGUCGACGCCAGCACGCAAGGCGUCCGACGUGGCGUCGUCGAGCAAGGAGCCGCGCGCGGCACAGGGCACGCCCAGCAAGGCGAGCGCCGUCACUGCGUCGCCGUCUGCGCUGUCUGCGGCCGCCGUUGCGUCGCCGCCACGCGCGCCGAGCCAGGCGGCGCUGCCGCCGAUCCGCUACGCCGCCGCAGCCGCAGCUGCCGUGUCGCCGAGCUCGACGAGCGCGCCGGCAGCCAGUGCCUCGGCCUCGUCGCCCGUCGUGUCUGCCGCACAGAUGUCCGAGGCGCCAUCACAACCGUCGCCGCCACCAUCAUCUGUCCUCGCCAGCUCCGACGCGCCCAUGGUUACCGCCUCGCCGUCUCCGUCACACGCACAGAGCGUCUCUGCGCCUUCUGCCAGCGAAGGCGUCGCCAAGGACUCGCCGGCCUCGACGUCGGACAUGCCGCCAUCACCCACGCCUGCGCCGCCAGGGCUAGGCGCACAGUCAUUGCAGCUCAACGGCUCGUCGCAGGACUCUCCGGCCGCGGCGCAUGCCUCCGCAUUGCCAGGCAGCGUCGAUGCCGCACCAGGCGCGCCGCUCGACGGCAAGAGCAGCGGCAGCAGCGUGCCGGAAGGUGCCGCGGCCGCCGCUGCUGCGUCUGCCUCUGCGUCGGCAGCAGGCAAGGCCGGUGCCGAGGGCUCGCAGGCUGCCUCUGAGUUCCAGCCGGCUCAGCUGGCGGCCAGCUCGGCGGCCGCAGGCGUCGUGCAGCCGCUGGGCGGCGGCGCAGGCACGAGCAGCCAGCGCGCCGCGGCGCAGCGGCAGCAGGGCACCGAGGCGCGCCUGCCGAGCAGUCUGGCGGACCUCGUCUCGAGCUUCGAGAGUGCCAAGCACAAGUCGAUGAACCGCACCAACGACUUGACGCAGGUGCACGAGUCGCUCGAGUCGAGUGCGCUCGGCGUGCCGGAGCCGCAGGACAGCGAUGCGCCGCGCUACUACCGCGCACAGAACCCAUGGCCGAGUCCAGCGUGGUACCCGCAGACGCCGCUCAACAUCUUUGACAAUCCGGCACUGUACUCGAAGCUCGAGGAGGACACGCUGUUCUACAUCUUCUACUACUCGCAGCGCGACUACCACCGGUAUCUCGCCGCCAACGAGCUGAAGCGGCAGUCCUGGCGCUUCUCGAUGCGCUUCGGCACCUGGUUCCAGCGCUACUCGCAGCCCGUCAGCGUCACGGCCGAGUACGAGGAGGGGUCCUACAUCUACUUUGACUUUGAGACGUCGUGGUCGCAAAGGCGGAAGCAGUCCUUCCGCUUCGAGUACGUCUACCUUGCGCCAUGAGCGCGGCCGUGCCUGCCUCUCGGCCGCCUCUGUACAACACUGUCGUGGGCAACGCCAGACGAUUACACAUGCGCAGCGCGCAGUCUGAUCUCUCUGCGCCGAGCUUGCAAAACGGUACUUUCAGGCGGACAGCGGGGUUCACCGCCAUCUGUGUGGUAUCGAGGGGUGGGGUGAUGCAGCGCAGAAGAAAGGGUGCGCGCGAGAGCAGAAGGAAGAAGCGGCGGUGCGCACAUGAGGCAGCAUCACGCGCGCGUAGAAGAGACGACUGGGGACAAGUGUGCCGAGGGGCGGUGGG